CAAAGUCAUGAGGUUAUUUUUAGACACCAGUCUCCUCUGUUUAAUGUUGUUCUCCUGCUUUUCCUCUGCUGUGUCUUCUUUUUAUUAUCCAUCCUCUUGUCAGUUACAGGGACAGUUUAAUUUAAAUGGGAUGCACAAAACUGGAGAUGUGAUUCUAGGUGGACUUUUCAGACUUCACUUCUAUCCUGUUUAUGCUGAUGUAUCUUUUACCUCAGAGCCACAACAGCCUACCUGCUAUGGUUUUGAUGUUAUAGGAUUCAGACAGGCUCAGACGAUGGCCUUUGUUAUUGAUGAGAUCAACAGAAACUCCAACCUGCUGCCUAAUGUGACUCUGGGAUACAGUCUGUAUGAUAACUGUGUUCAAGUAGGGGUUGGAAUAAGUGUAGCACUGUCCUUACUUGGUGGUCAAGAAGAGCAAGUUACAUUAGAGGAGAGAUGUGUAGGAACUCCUCCACUCCUAGGAAUUGUGGGUGAUUCUUACUCCACGGGUACUAUUGCCAUAUCCUCAGUCUUAGGUUUGUACAGAGUGCCUCUGGUGAGUUAUUUUGCCACAUGUUCCUGCCUGAGUGACAGGCAAAAGUUUCCAUCUUUCUUUCGGACGAUCCCCAGUGAUAUUUUUCAGAUUCUGCUCAGAGCAUUUUCUGCUCACUAA